AUGUCCUCUUCCACACUGACUGGGAUCAAUCCCAGACUCCAGCGGCUGGCGGACAUCCUGGCCCAAGCACAGGAGCUGCCAUAUGAAGCCUCCGAGCAAAGUCCAUCCUUGCCGGAAGCAUAUCGAUCUUCACCUCUUCCCAAAGAUGCGGCAACCCCGCAGCGCCAAUCGCAGGAAGAUGUGCUCGUCUUAGAAAACGGAGUACCUCGCUUUAUUUCCGGUAGACACUGGACCUGGAUGGCUGAAGAGAUUCAAGAUAUCCAAUCUCUGCUCAAGGAGUUGCAAGAGUCGUCGGCCCAACAGGCUCCAGACGAUCAUCUACUCUGGGAAACUGAUACCUCACCAUCUAAUGUGUACUGCUUUUAUCCCGAUACUCGAGGAGAUUGCUAUUUACUGCUGAAUGUUUUCCUGGCCAAUGUCGAUCCCGUAGUCCGAAUAGUGCAUCGUCCCAGUUUGGCUCGUCGCUUUGAUGGAUUUAUUCGUACCCAUUACUCCCUGGACAAGACUCCAGUCGGCAGCAGUUGUCACUAUAUGACAUUCGACAUCAAUCAAUCUGACACGUUUGAGCCGCUGGCCAUGUCCAUUUUCUAUGCAGCCAUUAAUAGCAUGAAGGAAACAGAUGUUUCUGCAGCUUUCAACACUGACAAAUCCCGUCUCCUGCUGAGGUACCGAGCCGGGAUCGAAGUAUACCUGAAGCAACAUGACUUCAUGACCUCCAGGGUCUUUGAGGUGUUACAAGCAUUUGUCAUCUUUUUGACUGCCCAAUAUCGCGAAGAUGAUAUAGGCAAAGUGUGGCCCUUGACGGGUCUUGCCAUUCGCAUGGCCACUAGUCAAGGCCUCCACCGUGACCCAUUGGCACUACCACAGGGAACGAUUGACAUAGUGCAAGUUGAGCUGCGCCGCCGUUUAUGGGCACAGAUCUGUCAUCUAGACUUUAGGGCUGCGGAGGGUCACGGCUUCGCUCCUUCAAUCCACGAGUCUGAUUUUGAUACGCGUCUUCCUCUUAAUGUGGAUGAUGUCGAUCUAAUAGAAGGAGUUGCGCCCUCUACCAGACUAUUGGAUGCGCCUAAAUUCACAGAUAUGACCAUCUAUCUGCUUCGGGUCACAGCCGCCCAAUGUUACGGGCGCAUUAUCCAGAUCACACACGCAUCACGAAAGAGAAUCCGCGCUUGUUCUCAGGGACCUUUGGGAGAAGCUCAAGUUUUGUCGGAACUUCAAACCCUGUUAAGAACUGCCGAGGCCAUGGCAGCGGAGCUGGAGACGGCACUAGAUAAUCUUGUCCAAUACUGCGACAGAAGGGUCAGCUUGCAAUCAAUGGCCUUACAACUCAGUGCUCAUCUAAAGUCCAAAUUCUGGGUCAUAUUUUGGAUCCAGAUAUCUCGCCAGGACCGCGAGAAGAUCAUCAGCCCGGCCAUGCGAAGGAGUAUAUUCAUGGAUGCAGCCACGACUGUAGAGAACUGGUGUACCAUCGCCUCAAGCAAGGAGUGUGAACCAUUCCAAUGGCAUAUUUCUUCACAUGCCGGCUUCUACCCCAUCCUUUACGUGCUUUCUGAGGUUCGUAGCCCUGUAUUUCAAACACCGGAAUGGGCCGAUCUUCGACAAAGGGGUUUGCAGGUAGCCAAUGCGAUUCAUGAAACCCGCGGGCAGCACACCACCGGGGCAUGGGCAGUCAUUAACUGGUUGAUUGAGCGAAUUCGAUCCCAGAGUCUCGAUAUCGCCGAGGACAAUCGAACAGCUGGUCUCACGCCAGGACCACAGGACGAUCCGAGGUUGAUGAGAUCAGGGGUGGAUAGCCUGGCUUCGGCCGGGAUAGAAUUAGAGGCUGCGGAUUUUCUGGGCUUUACGAACCUGGGAGACUUUGACUUCCCUGACCUUGGGGGUCUUGACCCGAUGUCGUUUUCUAGUCCUUCACAGUGGAGCUGA